AUGUCAAAAGCAGCGAUCAACAUGAUAACAGAGACAGAAGCACACGCUGCAUGGAAGGGACGGCGUGUUGCUAUGAAUUCUGUUGAUCCGGGGUAUAUGAGUGCUGCGCCGGAAUGCCAGACUGACGAGGGAUGUCCGAUUGGGUUUGAAGAUGGUGCUGGGAGGGUUUUGUGGCCUAUUGCUGUUGGGGAGGUUGAGGGAAAGGCCGUUUGGGGGAGGUUUAUGAAGCAUUUCCGGGUGGGAGUUGCCAUUACGGCCAGGGGGUAG